AAUAUCAUGACUUUAGCAGGCCCCUCGGCCAAUUCUGUGUUUGUGAUGGCACCCCACAACAGGUAUCCUGUGAUCCCGGGAAGCAUGUCUCAAGUGCCUGUGUCUCCACUUAACCAAUCCCAAGUCCAACAAAUUUCUGGGAACCCGCCUAGUUUGGAGCCACGUCGGUCUAUGCAACCUGCCCAGAGAUCCUUUAAAGAAGCCAAAGUUUUAGGGGCCAUCCAGAUCCUGAUCGGCCUGAUACACAUUGGCCUGGGCAUCAUCAUGGGGACCAUCAUGCCUGGGCCCUACACCGCUGUCUCAUUCUACGGAGGCUAUCCCUUCUGGGGAGGCAUCUUGUUCAUCAUUUCAGGAUCCCUCUCAGUGGCAUCAGAACAGCUACCAAGAUCUUCUUGCCUGCUGAAAAGUAGCAUGGGCUUGAGUAUCGCCAGUGCAAUCUGCUCUAUGGUUGGAAUCCUGCUCCUCAUCACAGAUAUGGUUAUCAACUCCCUAUAUAGGCAACACUCAUCACCUCCGUGUUCCUCCUUGUUCCAGGCCUUUGGAGUAGCUACUUCUGCCAUGCUGUUCAUCUUUAGCCUCCUGGAGUUCUGCAUUGCCUGCACGUCUGCCCACUUUGGCUGCAAACUCGUCUGCUAUUCACAUAACAACGGCACUGUGGUCUUCCAAACCGUCUAUGUGACACACCCAGUGGCCAAUCCUGAACCAGUGAACUCUCCACCAUCUUAUUCCAGUGAGGAGCAGGACUCCUAA